CAGCAGCCCUUAUAAUCUAAUAUAAUCAUCUUUAAUGCGUUGAUGUUAUUAAAACUGCAAUUUUUCACAUUUUAAGCAUUUUGUUCCAUUCUCCAAAUGGAAUGUUUCACAAUAUAUGUGUUCUAGUGCUUUACGCACAGACACGCCGAACUAAUCUUGUGCGCAAAGAGUCGCUGUUCACCAUGAAACCGGCUUCACCAUGAGCGAGUAGACGCCAUUAUAGUUCCUCUUCGCGACGCCUCUGUCGCAGUAUUCGCUUGCAGGACUGCCUGUAUUUACUCUCUUUCGUGUGGCAGCCUCCGUCCUUGCGGUUUUAUGCUCUCGCUCUUUGAGGCCGAGCUUCUUUCUUCUUACGUCUUUUCUUUUUGGAUUUAUUUGUAAUUCCACCGACUGUGUUGCGCCUCGAGCUCACAAAAGAAGCGAAUAUGAAUGUCCAGCGAGGUAUAAGGUAUGUCUCGUUUUUCUGCUUGCUGUCCAUUGUCUUUAAGCCAACUCUUUCUGUUACUCAUUACUCGAUUCCCGAAGAAAUGGAAGAAGGAUCCGUAGUUGCAAAUUUGGCAGCUGAUUUGGGCCUGGAUUUAAAAACUCUCAGUGAACGAAAAAUGCGCUUGGAUGUCGCUUCAAACAGGAAAUAUUUAGACGUUAACAAAAACACAGGAGAGAUGUACAUUGUGGAGAGGAUCGAUAGGGAGUAUUUUUGUACUUCCAAGUCUGUCACAACAUGUGUUCUCAAGCUGGAUGCCACAAUAGAAAAUCCAGUUCGACUCUUCAACAUUGAGCUUGAGAUAAUGGAUAUUAAUGACAAUGCCCCUCAUUUUCGGAGGGACACAAUGCACUUAGACAUAUCAGAGGCAACUACCGUGGGGGAGAGGUUUUCACUGACUAAUGCUGUGGAUCCAGACACUGGCUCAAAUUCCGUUAAAACGUAUUAUCUGAGUGAAAAUGACCAUUUCAGCAUUGAGAUUCAGACCGGACGAGAUGGAUCCAAGUUUGCUGAUUUGAUUCUGAAAAAGGCUUUAGACAGAGAAGAACAGGCUGUUCAUAAUUUAAUACUGACUGCUGUAGAUGGCGGAGUCCCCGCGCGCUCGGGAACAGCCAGCAUCAUUGUGCGCGUUCUGGAUACGAACGACAACUCACCUCAGUUUGAAAAAGAAAGUUACACCAUUAACUUAACAGAAAACUCACCGAUUGGAAGCCUUGUAGUAAAAUUAAACGCAAAAGACGCAGAUGAGGGAUCAAAUUCAGACAUUGUGUAUUCUUUCAGUCUGUAUACUUCUGAAAAAACACAAGAUACUUUCAGUUUAAAUCCAGAAAAUGGAGAAAUUAGAGUGAAAGAAAUGAUCAAUUUUGAAGAUUUCAAAAUAUAUACUAUGGAAAUUAUAGCAACAGACAAAGGAGCAAAUACUUUAUCAGGAAAAUGUAAAUUAAUGAUUUUAAUCACAGAUAUGAAUGACAAUCAUCCCCAAAUUUCCAUAAAGUCUUUUACUAGCCCAGUUAAAGAGGAUAUAGCUGUAGGUACGGUGAUAGCAGUGGUUAGUGUGAGUGAUAAAGACUCAGGAGAAAACGGUCAAAUAGACAUUGAUAUUUCUGAUGAAUUGCCUUUUACGCUUAAAGAAUCAUCUGAUAAUUAUUAUGAGCUCGUGGUUUCAGAACCGUUAGACCGCGAAAAGGUUCCAGAGUAUGACAUCACAUUCACCGUCACAGACAGAGGAAAGCCUCCAUUAUCAGAUAAUGAAACUAUGACUUUAGAGCUGCUGGACAUUAACGACAACGUUCCUCAGUUUCCACAGUCAUUCUACACCAUACAGGUUGUGGAAAAUAACGCACCAGGAGCUUUAUUGAGCUCCCUCACCGCACACGACCCGGACCUCCAUGAAAAUCAGUAUCUAGUGUAUUUCAUAAUCGAAAAGGAAAUAGCGAACACCUCCAUGUCCAUGCUGUUCUCCAUCAAUCCAGAGAACGGGAACCUUUACGCACUGAAGACGUUUGACUAUGAGAUAGAGAAGGAGUUCCUUUUCCACAUCGAGGCCAGAGACUCUGGCGUUCCUCCGCUCAGCAGCAACGUGACCGUUCACAUCAUUAUAAUGGACCAGAACGACAACACACCACUUAUAGUGUCUCCCUGGCGCGCGCACGGCUCAGUGGUGGAGGAAAAAAUCCCGAGAUCCACCGAUAAAGGAACACUGAUAGCCAAAGUAAUCGCUAUUGACACGGACUCGGUACACAACUCUCGCAUCACCUACCAGUUUCUCCAAAACACCGAUGCUACAUUGUUCAGCUUGGACCAGUACAACGGAGAGAUCCGGACCAUGAGGAUGUUCAGCUACAGAGACUCGCGCCACCAACGGCUGGUGGUGAUCGCCAAGGACAACGGAGAGCCCUCGCUCUCUGCUACAGUCACCAUCAAACUGUCCACGGUGGAGACGGCGCUCAAAACCUAUGCUGACUUGACUGAAGUGCCUUUAGAGUACGACAUCUUUUCAGACCUGAACCUGUAUCUGGUGAUCGGCCUGGGCUCGGUGUCAUUUCUCUUACUGAUCACCAUUUUGGUGACCAUCGUGCUGAAGUGUCAGAAAGCGAAGCCGAGCAAAGCAGCUCCUCCCUGCAGGAACAGUGUGAUCAGUGAGAGGAACUCCACCAUCGCCGAUUCCACGCUGGUGUCCAACGAUGCCUACUGGUACAGUUUGUUUCUAGCAGAGACGAGGAAAGGGAAGCUGGUAGUGAGGCAGCCUGUGCCAAAGGGGGCGAGAUACAUCGUGUCCAGUAUACCCAGGAGUACAGGCCUGACCGAGACUAGUGACUCAGCUGCCUCCACCCUACAGUUCUGUGCACAACGCGUCGCUGUUCACCAAAAAACUGUUUUGGAGCCCCUCCGCCAUGACGCUCCCUUAUUCCAAUACGUGUUUCGCCUUUGUCACUCUAGUGCUUUGAUCUUCUUGUACUGUUGUGUACCUGUAUCGAGUUUCUGAGAUAUCUUGUACGUUACAAGUUAAUAAGACGUGAGUUAAUCGUCAGUCUUUCAGCUUUGUUGUCUGAGAUUUCAAUUCUAACAGCGUUCGACUUUUACGCGCAAUGAUUAUGGAGAUACACACAGUUACACGAUCUCAGAGAA